AAGGAGAAUAUAUGGAUGAGUUAACUGAAUUUACACUUCGUGAUUCUGACAGCAUUGAAUGCCUAAUUGACGCCAUAAAGCAUCAAUCACCUACACCUGUUUUCUCCAAGUUGGAAAAGCUAAAAGUUGAAGCCAUGAAGGGCAUGAAAGCACUGUGUACUGUUCCCCCUCCUCGUGGCCUUCUCCAGAAUCUAAAGGAGCUAUUUUUAAAGCACUGUGGUGUAUUGGCAUCUUUAGGCAAGCUGGAGUUACUAAAACUCGAGGUCAUAGAAUUGGAAGAUUGUCCAAAGUUGACAUCUCUCUUCACAGCUGCCACUGCUCAAAAAAUGAAAAUGUUACAAGUGUUGAAAGUCAGAGGUUGCAUUAAAUUGAAGCAUAUACUAACAGAUGAGGAGGGAUGCGAGACUUCAAACAGGCAUGUGUUCCCAGAGUUGAAGCAUGUCACUGUCAAAGAAUGUAAUAAUCUGGAAUGCAUAAUGCCGGUCUCUUAUGCUGGUGGGCUUUCACAACUAGAGUCUCUUGAAAUAGAAAAUGCUGCUGCGUUAACUCAUGUAUUUGGCAAACCCAAUUAUGAAGAUGAUCAAAAUCAGCAGCGGCAAAUUAACCUUGCAGCUUUGAAAGUAUUCAAGCUCAUUGGCUUACGAAGUCUCAUUGAUUAUUGCGCUCAAAAUUAUGAGAUGAAAUAUCCAUCUUUGGAUAAACCAUAUAUGGUGAGAUGUCCACAACCAAGGAGCGUGUCUGAGCCUUCCGGUGCUGUUAAAGCUACAAAGCAGGACUUCAAAAUUAACAGUCUUGCACGAUCAGCAACGUGGAAAGCUCGAUUUAACACUCUUGUUACAGAUAUUGAAAAUGAAAAACACAAUUUGCUGGCCCAAAUUAAGGAAGUCGAAGCUAAAAGCGCAGAGCCUUCAGGAGAUGUUAAGCAAUGGUUGGAGGACGCAGAACAUGUCAUAGAAAAAGUGAAUAAACUGACGGGCAAAGCGGAUGCAAGCAAGAGUCAUUCUUGUGGGAUUUUCAACUGGAAAUGUCAAUUUAUUGAAGGCAAGCGUUUGGCAAGGAUGACAGAGAAAAUGAAGGGGCUGAAUAAAAGGUUGGCAUCAACUCGUCCAUCGCAGACGGAUCAUAAAGAAAAAUCCUCUUCUGUACAGGACACCCAACCCAUACAUCACCAUAGCAGCGGUUCUGAAGAUUUCAUUUUCUUCGAGUCCACAAAAAGGGCCAACGAUGAACUCUUAAUGGCACUAAAAGAUGAUGGCAUAAAUAUAAUUGGGCUUUAUGGAAUGGCAGGUUGCGGUAAAACAUCAUUGGUCAUGCAAGUGUGCAAAGCAGUAAAGGGCUUGAAACUUUUUGACGACGUGAUAUAUGUAACAGCGCCGUAUCCAAAUGUCAAAAGUGUUCGAGCCUCUAUCGCAGAAUGGUUAGGCUUGCUACUUAUAGAAGAAUCUGAUAAAGGCAAAGCUGCGAGAUUGCGCCAGAGGCUUAAGACGGGUGGCAAAUUUCUUUUAGUCCUAGAUGAUAUGUGGAGCAAGCUUGAACUUGAAGAGAUAGGGAUUCCCGUUGAUAAAAAUUGCAAGGUUAUUUUGACUACUGGGCGACGCCAUACAUUAUCCUCGAUGGGUUGUCAAAAAGAGGUCUACUUGUCACUUCUAAGCCAAGAGGAAGCUUUGCGUUUAUUCAAAAAGCAUGUUGGUGAAAUAGAAGAUAGAUUUGAAGUUGUGGCACGAGAGAUUGUUGAAGAAUGCCAAGGAUUACCGGUUGCAAUUUCAGCUAUCGCUCGGGCCUUGAAGGACAAAGAGGCAACCGUGUGGGAGAAAGCAUUGGAAGAACUGAGGGAUCCUACAGUCCUUGGUUUCGGAAGCGAAGAAGAAAUGGUUUAUCGUAACUUGAAAUUUAGUGUUGGUGAAUUGCAGGAUCAAGCGAGCUCACUUCUCUUAUUAUGUGCUCUCUUCCCAAAAGGUUCAAAAAUUUCCCCUGAAAUCUUGACCAGAUUUGCAUAUGGAUCGAGGCUAUUUGAGAAUGUUGACUCAUAUCAAAGAGCUAGAGACAUCGUGCAUGAAGCCAUCGCCGAAAUGGAUAACUCAUGUUUGUUACUGCAAUCCAAAGAAGGACACUUUCACGUGCACAACUUGGCGCUUAAGGUAGCAUUGUCGGUAGCAAAAGAUACUCAACUGACUGUGGGGCAUGAAAAGAAUAUAAGUGCCCUAAUAAAGGGGGCUUUAAUGAAAGAUACAAGUAGAUUAUAUUGCCAUGAUAUAAAUGAAUUUCGACAUCAUUUAAACUGCCCUGAACUUGAGAUUUUAGUUGUCUCCAACAAUGAUGGUCGCUCAUCUCCAAAAUUUCCAGAUAAUUUUUUCCUGCGGGUGACAAAGCUCAAGGUGCUGGCCAUAAUAUCUGCUUCUGUAUUGACAACCCCAAAUCUAUUGCUACCCCCCUCAAUUGUGAGUUUAAAAGAGCUUCGAACUCUUUACUUGAGAGGAUGGACGUUGGGCGACAUAUCUGUUUUGGGAAGCCUCGAGAUGCUUGAUACUAUUGAGCUAUUAUACUGUGUAAUCAGCGAGUUACCGAAAGAAUUAGUGGAUCUAAAGAAGUUAAAACUGUUGGAAAUAUCAGGGAGCAAAAUGGGAGGCAAUCCUUUUGAUGUGUUGGCAAGAUGUUCUCAACUGGAAGAGCUGUAUUUUAUUGAAAACAAUCUUCAGGAAGCGGAGUCAAAUGAUCAGAAUAUCAUCGAAUUACUUCAUGGAAUUGGCUCUUCGAAGGUAUUGAAAAAGUAUCAUCUAGAAGUUGGAAGCUCCAUCGAUAUUUUGAAGCAUGAUGCGACGUCCAAAUUUAUAUCUAUAAAUGGUUUUAGUGUCUCCUCUGCAAAUGAAGCAAUCAAGAAUCUAUCACAGAAACUGGAGGUUUUUUACCUGGAAAAAAUACAUGGAGAUUGCAAAAACAUCAUUCCUGACAUGAUUCCGGAAAAUGGAGGAUGUAUGAAUGAGUUGACAGAAUUUUUGCUUCAUGAUUCAGACAACAUAGAAUGUCUGAUUGACACCGCAAAUUACAAGCGCUAUCAGGCUGAAAGUGUCUUCUCCAGGUUACUGAAGCUGAGAAUUAAAAGCAUGAAGUGCUUGGAAGUCUUGUGCCGUGGUUCGCCUCCCUUUGGUCUUUUUGAGACAUUAGAGGAGCUAUUUAUUGUGGAGAGUAGCCAAUUGCACUGCAUUGUCUCUGUGGGCAAGCUUAACCUGUGUAAUCUCAAGCACUUACAAUUGGAGGAUUGUCCAAGGAUGACAUCUGUUUUCACAUAUGCCACUGCUCGAACUAUGGUAUUGUUGGAAGUGCUGAAAGUAAGAGAUUGCAAUGCACUGAAGCAUAUCAUAAGAGAUGAGGAGGAAGAUGACAUUCUUUCGUUAGGGCCUUUGUUCCCACAGCUGAAACAAGUCAGCGUUAAGGGAUGUGACCAUCUGGAAUUCAUAUUGCCAGCAUCUUUUGUUGGCUUUUUGGAGCUGGAAAGUCUUGAAGUUGAAGAUGCUGGUGAGUUAAAGUACAUAUUUGGCAUAUACAAUCAUGAAGGAAUUCAAAGUCGGAAUGGAAUUCAGAUGGUCAUUGAUCUUCCGAUUCUAAAAGUGUUGAAGCUGACUGACUUGCCAAAUAUCAUUAACAUCUGUCCUCAAAAUUGUCACAUAACAUGGCCAAACGUUGCCAAAGCAUGCAUAAGGAGAUGUCCACAGCUGAGCAGCAUAUCUGAUUUAGAUUCAGAAGUGAGUCAGCAAGAUGGUGACCAGUUUACAAAGGAGUUGCAACUUGCGUCAAAACAUUACAGUGAAAUGGCUGUGCAAAGUGUAGAAAGCAUUCAUCUUGAAGAUUGCGAAGUGGAAGGCAUUUUUCAAUUUACACAACCUGCUGCCAUUAAUAUGGAAUCAAAUUCACUUUUACUGUCAUCCCUCCGGAGUUUGGCUUUGAACAAUCUGCCUCAUGUGAGAUACAUAUGUGAUGGUCGCAAACAACUUCUCAGCCUUCGAAGAGUGAAAUUUUAUAAAUGUGGGGAACUAAAAUUUAUCUUCUCGAUCCGGAUGAUGACAUACAUAUCUUCACUGCGGGAGCUAGCGAUAGAAGACUGUUCUCAGCUAGAGCAAAUCAUUGAGGAUGAGGAUUAUAAUAAUCGGUACACAGGGCCAUUGAGCAGCAACAGCAGCCUGGAAAGGAUAACUGUAAACUCUUGUCCGAUGUUGAGGUCGUUGUUCAGUGUAUCAACAGCUAAAACAUUGAAAUCGAUUAGAACUUUGAAGAUAGGAGAGUGUCAUGGGAUGGAAGUUCUAAUGAAUGGAGGGAGCAUUGAAGCAUAUUCAAGUGAGGAAAGAAGAGAAGAUGAUGGACAAGCUAUACUUCCAGAGCUUAGCUACCUGAGUUUGAAAGAUCUUCCAAGGCUUAUCCAAGCAUGUGAACGGAACAUGCCCGAACCUAUCAAAGCUCUACUGUUUCCAGAAUCGUUCAAUCUAACCAAUCUUCAGAGGCUGACUGUAAAAUCAUGUCCAAGGCUGAGAUCUCUGUUCACAGAAUUGACCGCAGAAACAUUGACGUGGUUGAGCACUUUGGAGAUAGAAGAUUGCUUUGAAUUGGAGUAUGUAAUAAAGGGCAAGAGUAAGGAAAUUUCUCAAGGUGGUUCUAAAGACUUGGUUCCAUGUCUCAAAACUUUACGUUUGGUGAAGUUGCCAAAUCUGAUUAUUUUCCACCAACGGAUUAAGCUGCGAUGCGAGCUAUUUCGAGUACAUGACUGUCCGAAUCUGAAACAAACACUAUCUGCUAUGUUAGAGCCAGAGGACUUGCCAAAAGAACACAAAAGGCCAGUUUAUGAGGCAGUGAUUGGAAAUUCUUCAGCAGAAAACUAUUCCUUGUCAUCACAUGCUGCGUUAACAUAUUCAAAGAAAGGCAAAGGUGUUGCUACUGCCACUUCUACAGUUCAAGUUGAUAAUCCAAGUAGCAUUGGCACAAGUAGUUCAAGUUUUUACCUUCUGAAGCAGGAUGGUAAUUCUGCUGCAGAGAAUCAUCCUCAGUCACAAGAAUCUGAAGGUGUUGACGCUCCAAGAAGGCCGUCGAGAGCAGAGAAGGAAAGCCUUCAUAAAGAUCCUCCAGCAGGAGAAUCAAAAGCGGGAAUUUCAUCACUGGACGUGAUUGAGACACAAGCACAUGUUGAACUUUGAAAAACCACUGGUUGUGAAGGGCCCAAAAGAAGCUCAAGAAAAAUACAAAGCUCCUUUGCCUGCGCAUCCGACCACACUUUCACCGAGUAUAGAAGCAUCGACUUCCUCUUCAAUGUCCAAUCAACACCCUUCAGCAGCAGAGCUGGUUGAUUUUCAUGGUCUAUUCAAGAUUGAGGCAAGACGAGCUCUUUUGCUAGAAGAGGCUUUUGUCAAAUAUCCACAAUUACUGGAAUAUAAUGGAAGCUCUCGCCAAAGAAUCCUCAGCUAACAUGUUGGAAUUUCUAAAAUCAGACGUUCCAAAGGCAAUCAUGGAUGACUCAAAAAGGCAGCAAUAU